AUUUUUUGGGAGUUACAUGGCUUUUGUUUCCUUGUAGACGAACCUGCCAGGUUAGUCAGCUGACAAUGUGGCCGUCGUAUAAAAUGAACGCUCAUGCUCGUCCUUGGCAUUGACCAUCUCCGCUGCAAUGAUGCUGUUUGCCUUGCUGCUCCUCAUUUGUGGAUUCAUCGGACUGGGCACUGGGAAUGCUGGAUCAACAUCUAAAAGUGAUCGAUGCCCAGUGGGCUGGACUCAGUUGGACAAUCGCUGUUACAUCUACAAAAAUGAAUCCUUGUCAUUUCAUCACGCAGAGUGGCAUUGCAAACAUCUGGGUGGGGAUCUGGUGUACAUCCAUUCGAGUCUGGAAAGUGUUCUGGUCCAUGGGCUCAUUGGCGGGCCCCUCAAUGUAACGGGCGUCUGGAUUCGUCACCCCAACUCUGAGAUGAUGAUGCUGUCCGAGAAUGAGACGCUCACGACGGGGGCCGCCUCCAACUUCAGCACCCGUUUACAAACAACGACGAAGCCGCCGCACAACGAGACAGAGCUGUUCACGACGAGGGCCGCCUCCAACUUCAGCAACAAUUCCCAAUCAACGACGAAGCCGCCACACAACGAGACCGAUCUGCUCACGACGAGCGCCGCCUCCAACUUCAGCAACCCUUUCCAACCAGUGAUCUCAUUAACAUCGCCUGAAGGCUACUCGCACAACUACUUCUGCAUAGCGAUUGCGAUACAUGGGCGCGGAUGGUAUAUUACGGAUUGCGACACUAAGCAGCCCUACGUGUGCGCCAGAGAUGUGUUCCAGUGCGUUUCAAUUUGCAAAGAAGACAAAUCGUGGCACUGAGCAAGCUGCCGCCGCACUGCCGCGUUUCCCACGGCCCCGGCGCCCAGUUGACCUGUACCGAUGAUGCCGUUAAACUAUUAAGGUGGAUUUUCAAUACGAUUGUUAAAAUCAAGAAUUUUCACGCUCUUUAAAGAUGAUAUAAUUGUAUGUAUUCAAAUAAUUCACCACACACACGCAAGUAGUUGUUAAAUAUGCUUUAUUUCUUCAUCUUUUGAAUAUUUUGACCCAAUAAUGUCAAUUGCAUUUUAUCAACACACCAUGAAAUCCUUUUGAAUUUGUCUCCUUUUUUUUUUUUUUUUUUUUUUU